AAAAGGAGAGAAAAGGGAACUAGGUUCAGAGUGCCAAAGCCCGAAGCCAAUGGCGAAGCCGGAAAGUAGCGUCAGAGGCUCCAGAUGGUCACUCAAGGGAAUGACUGCUCUCGUCACUGGUGGUACUCGUGGAAUUGGGCAUGCCGUGGUGGAGGAACUAGCCGACUUUGGCGCUACCGUGUACACCUGUUCCAGGAACGAGGAGGAGCUCGAUAAAUGCUUGAAGGAGUGGCGAGAUCGAGGCUUUACGGUUUAUGGGUCGGUUUGUGAUGUGUCGUUUGGACCUCAAAGACAGAAGCUCAUAGAAGACGUAGCAUCUGAACUCAACGGCAAAUUAAACAUCCUUGUAAACAACGUUGGAACAAACAUAAGGAAGCCGACAGUUGAUUACAAUGCCGAAGAUUAUAUGAAGUUGAUGAACACUAACUUCGACUCGGCGUACCAUCUAUGCCAACUUGCAUAUUCCCUUCUCAAAGCAUCUGGGAAUGGAAGCAUCGUGUUCAUUUCCUCCGUUGCAGGUCUGUCAAGUAUAGGGAGUGGAACCAUUUACGCCGCAGGUAAAGCUGCAAUCAAUCAGCUUACAAAAUGUCUUGCUUGUGAAUGGGCAAAAGACAAUAUAAGGAGCAACUGUGUUGCACCGUGGUAUACAAAAACGUCACUUGUGGAACAUUUACUUGAAGACAGAGAGUUUAUGAAUGAUAUCCUAGCUCGAACGCCAGUAAAGAGAAUAGCAGAAGCACAUGAAGUGUCAUCCUUGGUGGCUUUCCUUUGCCUACCUGCCGCAUCCUACAUCAAUGGACAGGUUGUUUCAGUCGAUGGAGGAAUGACCGUCAAUGCGUUUCAAUCCAACAUGAAAUCAACCUAAAGCAAUGUUUUCUCUCUGGACUGAUGUUCUGACCCAUGCUAAUGCCGCCCUUCUGUUCACAGGGUUUGGCUUCCCUUUUCAACUCAGAUAUAUGGAAUUUUAUUUGUGGCCUGUUAUUGUUUACUGUAAUUUUAUUCAUCAACUUGCCGUUCUACUGUUGAAAUAAAAUAAGAGAAUUUUGUUUGGCUCGGUGCA